GACAAAAUUUGGCGAUCGUCAGUGUGAAGAAUUAGUCAUUUCUCCCUUAUCUAUGUAUGUAUGUAUGUAUGUAUGUAUGUAUGAAUGUACAAUUUGUUUUUUGUCUUAGUUGAGAAAUGCUUCAGUCGAACUUAUGUAGCUCAAACACUUAAAUCGAAACGUAUAAAAGCGGAUUAGAGAUAAUCUUACAAAAUCUCUAUAAAUUUAAAGAAUUUAGUAGUGAAAAAUUGGUCAAACGGAAGUUAUACGGUUAUUUCCCUGUUUUGUGUUUAUUUGAACAUUAUUCAGUUCGCUUCAAGUAUCCACACAGUAAAGUCAAAUCAUCAUUGUAAAGCCUUGUCGAAAUACUCUUGUGAAAGUGAAAAAAUUGUGCUUCAAUAAUUUAUCGACUAUCCCAAGAAAUGGACGAGAACGACCAAUUUAUUCUCGACAGCGACUGCCUUCUGGAGAUAUUAAAAUAUGUGAUUGCUGAUUGCAACACGAAUGACCUAUGUGAUGAAAUGUUAAAGUAUAAUGAUUUAAUCAACUUUGUACUGGCCCAUGAGUUUUUCCUGGAGUUGCUUGAGACUCAUCACAAACGUCUGUUUGAAGUUCUUAAGUUGCCUCUUGUAUGCAGGAUUACAAAGCUACUAAUCGAUCAACGAGCGAAAAAGUUUUUUUUCUGGAAAGAACUUCUAAAAUCAUACAACCAAAAAAGUCCUUUCUAUGUUGAAUUGUCUUUUGGUGAUGAUUACUUAACGAUUGACAUAAAAGGCUUCUGGAGAUACAAAACAGAACAAAUUGAUAAAAUGGUUAAAAUUUCUGCUGAAACGAUAGUUAACUUCUGCAUCUGGAACCCGGAUUUGAGAGUUUUGUCCCUUAAGGGCACUGAAAUCCAUGAAAGUAUUUCCGAUAUCGCUCCCCAUUGCGGAAACCUUGAAAAGCUGAGAAUUAUGAUAAAUCCGAGAAGCGAUGCUGCUCAAUUUGCAUCGUUUGCCAAGUUACCUAACUUGAAAACUUUUAUCAUUACUGGAAUUGAACAAAGCGGUUCAUCAUUGCCAUUCUUUAAUGAUUUAAGAAAAUGGCGCAGACCAAAAAGCCUUCAACCUUUGACACUGACCAUCGAAUAUUGUAAAUGCGAUAAAAGUGCAGCGAUAGAGAUAGUUGACGCACUGCGAUGUUUUCGCAUGUACAAGCCUUUUGACAAUUUUGGAUAUGCUAAUAAGACUUUUGUGAGAUGCGAAUACGAUUUACAUAAAAUUCCGGAAGACAAGAAUUUAAUGGAGGAUUCCCCUGAAACCUUUCCUCUAUAUGAUGGUGUCCUAAUGGAGUUUGACAGCAAUAAAGGAAAACUUGUGCUUGAAAUACAUGAAGAUUCGAGCUUAAGUCAGAUGGAAUGCUUUUCAAAGCUACCCAAUCUAAGUCACUUGGUCAUAAAAAACACACCAAAUUAUGUAAAAAAACGUAAUUCACUUGUGAAAUUAUUUCAAUUAAUGGUCCCAAAAGGGCCAUUCGCCUUGCAAUCUUGCAGAAUUAAAGAGCUAACAAUAGAUCGAUUAGAGGCCAUUGAACUUGCGAAAGUAGAAUCAAUUCGAUUUCUAGACUGUCAUUUAUCUGAAUGGGAAUCGAUUAGGUAUUUGGGUCAACUAACUAACUUGCAACACGCACUAAUUCAUGUCUGCGAACCCAUUUCGUCGGAGCUAGACUUUAAUUUGAUAUCUGCACGUCGGAUACAAGCUAUGAUAGCUUGCAAAGAUUUUAAAAUAAAGAUGAGUGAGGGAAUGGCCCAGAUUGAUUGGAAAAGUUGUCGUUUUGAUGAUGCUUUGUCAUACCUUGACCAACCUAAGAACGUAACCACUCUCGAAAUCUUAGGGUCCCCAAUUACUAAAUCACUAAAUAAACUCUUCGAAGCAUUCGCCACCAGUAAUGUAAGUUCAGUCGAAGAACUGUGUUUUUGGAGUUUGACAGAAAUUCAAACCAUUAGGAAGCUGACAUGCUCCUCAUCAGUUUUAACUGGAAUUAAAAAAUUGGCUGAGUUGAAUAAUCUUGAGGACUUGUAUAUAAAAGGAAAAGGAAACCUAGCCGCACUUUUCACUAAAUUGGCUGAAAAAAAUAUAAUUAAAGGUAUUCGACUUUCCGAAAUAAUUCGUCCCAAAGAGGUAUUAAUGGUUUCCGAAAUAAGGUCGCUGAAAAAACUGCACUGCGGUUUUUCUAACACGCAGGACUUACAAUCCUUGUCGGCGCUAGCUAAGUCGAAUAUUGAAGAAUUGAUUGUAAAUGCAGACAAUUCCCUACAGAAUUUAUUUGCAGCGUUUUCUUCAAGUAGUACCACUAGGCUGCAGCACCUAGAAAUUGUUGGCAAACCUCUUGACCAAACAGAAAUGUCUGAAAUUUCAAAAAUAAAUGGUUUAACAAAAUUAAGUGCUGCAUUCUUUGAUUCAGAAUGUGCGGAGAUGUUAGUUCGAUUACCGAAUCUGGAGCACUUAGAAAUUAAAAAGUUUAUGGGAGAUCAAACAAGCCCAUUGGAAAAUCCUUUGAGAGAAUUGGUUCACAAGUCACCGAUUACUCUUAGAAAAUUAGAUUUGAAAGUCUGGAUUGGAUUCAAUGAAUGUAAAUCCUUGACUCAACUUGAAACAUUGGAGUCUUUAAGUUGCCGAUUGCGCAAUAAUCCGGGCAUUGAAAUUUUGGCGAACAUAAAAAAACUAAAAGAGUUAAUCAUCUAUAAGGCAGAGGGCUCUCUCAUUGAACUUUUCCGGGCUUUUGCAUUGAAAAGUGAGUCAACUUUACAAGAACUUCAUACACCAAUUAUAUGUUCUGAUGAGAUACGUGAAAUAUCGCAAAUUGAAUCGCUUUUAAAGUUAAACAUUUAUAAUAAAAGAGAAAAUAAGUUCCACUUCCUAAAUCCUUCAAAUGACCAUAAUUCACUAACCAUAGAUAGCAAUAUCUUAUUGCCGAUUUUUCAAUCUUGUAAAAAACUCGAUUGGGUCACAUUCGAUUUUGGAUUCGGUGCGGCAUUGGAUUCCAACUUUGUAAGCGAAGUAAACAAAAUUUUGAAAUCCAUAAGGAAUUCUUCACUUCAAAAACCGCUGAAACUGGCUUUACUUGGAAAAUCCACAUGUUCAAAAUUACAUUUGUUUUACAGUUUGAAGACAUAGAUGAAGCGUUCUUGACAGUCUUCUGUUACACAUAUAAAUCGGAUCUAUAUACGGCUGCAGGACUUUUAUUUGAUUAUUCCGAAUCAGAUUCCGACGACUCAGACUUCGACGACCCAAAUGAAUAUUAAAUCUUAAUAAACAUUAAUCAUUAACGAAA